AUGUAUGUUUGCUUGGUAGCACUGCCUAUACCCAAUUGGGCUUGUAAUGUUAUCAGUGAUGAUGAAAAUGUAAGAUCUGUAAUAAGUACACAGAGUAUAGUUUGCUCGAGAGUCACUGCUUCUGUAAAUCCUCUUGAAGAUGAGGAUAUUUCUAGACUGUGGUCAUUAGAUACGAUCGGCAUCGGGAAGGAUACGCGAUCCUAUAACGAUCAAGCAGCGAUCGAACAUUUCAAUGAGACUAUUGUAAAGACUGAUAAUAAAUAUACGAUUGAUUUGCCAUUUAAGAGCGAUGCCAGACCCCCUACGGGUUAUAGAAAAGCUUUAGGUCAAUUAUAUUCACUUAGGAGAACCUUUCAGUCUAAACCAGUCAUGUUUGAUCAAUAUCAGUCUGUUUUAGAUGAGUAUGUUAAGUUAGGAUUUGUUGAGGAGGUAAAGUUAGAAGAUAACUCCUUUGAUCCAGUUGAUGGCAUUAAUCAUUAUUUACCUCACCACCCAGUUUUCAAGGAAUCUGCUACGACUCCAAUUAGGAUAGUUUUCAAUGCAAGUAGUAAGGAGUCACACCAUGCAAAGUCCCUCAAUGAUUGUUUACAUGCGGGACCUAAUCUGGCGACGAAAUUGACAGAUAUGCUGCUGGAAUUUCGUCAGAACAAAUAUGCUGUAGUAGCAGACAUAAGUAAAGCUUUCCUUAGAAUAGGAAUUAAUGAAAAUCACAGAGAUUUCACAAGAUUCUUAUGGUUUGCUGAUAGAGAUUUUAAGCAUGUCAAGACUUUCAGAUUUAAGGUUUUAUUGUUUGGAGCUACUUGUUCACCUUUUCUGUUGAAUCAGACAAUACAGUAUCAUUUGCAAAACUAUUCAGAUCCCAUCGCCAACUCAGUCAAGAAGUCCUUUUAUGUGGAUAACUUUAUGAAAACUUAUGAAAAUGUGAGAUUUAGAAACUCGAGAGUAAUAAGGUAA